CGGAUGUACUGCCUUGUGUAAUAUAUAGCGAUCUGAAGGCGCGUAACUCGGUUUCAAACGAGACGUUCUGAAAUUGUCUGGUGGUUCGCGGCGGUUACGCUCACACAAUGGCUGGAGGAAAAGCUGGAAAAGAUUCAGGAAAGGCGAAAGCGAAGGCUGUUUCGCGCUCCCAGAGGGCAGGACUGCAGUUCCCUGUAGGACGUAUUCACAGACAUCUGAAGUCCAGAACUACAAGUCAUGGGCGCGUUGGAGCCACUGCAGCUGUUUACAGCGCCGCUAUUCUGGAGUAUCUGACUGCUGAGGUUCUUGAGCUGGCAGGAAAUGCUUCCAAGGAUUUGAAGGUGAAGCGUAUCACUCCACGCCAUCUGCAGCUCGCCAUCAGAGGUGAUGAGGAGCUGGACUCUCUCAUCAAAGCAACCAUUGCUGGUGGUGGUGUCAUUCCCCACAUUCACAAAUCUCUGAUUGGGAAGAAGGGACAGCAGAAGACCGUUUAACCUGUUGGGUGAAUAAUGUGUGGGGGUCAUCUCAGGACGUGCUCUGGAAAGAUUCCAAUGUGUUUUCAUGUAGAUUGGUAUAGUUUCAUUACCUUGUGUUCAGCUUUGCAUUUACUCAUUUCUGGGGUAUUUUUUAAAAACAUGGCUUCAGAGAAGCCAAUUUUUAUUUUGUUGGGUUUAAACUGUAGUGUACUUUGAUUUU